AUGCAGAAACUCAUAUCCGCCGCAAUCGCCGCCCUUACUAUAGGAAAGGUUGCCGUCCCGUCCGCUGGGCCGCUGCUCCCUCGCAUAGGCCUGAGACUCACGGGCGCCAGCAGCGGGUACGGUAUGCCGCUAGACGACGGCAAGAUUCUCGGACUAUUGGAUGAAGCAUACAACAGGGGAGACACCGUCUGGGAUACCGCGGAUAAAUACGGUGCAUCCGAAGAGAUCAUCAGAAAUUGGUUCGCCGCCAAUCCCCGGAAACGCAAGGACAUGUUCCUCGCUACUAACUUCGAGAUUCGUCCCUCGUCCGAGUCGCCGCACGGAUACAAGAUGGAUCCGACGCCCGAGUACUGCCCUAUGGUGCGACUGAAACAGGAGGGCAAGAUCAAUUUCAUCGGCCUGAGCGAGUGCAGUGCCGAGUCGUUGCGCCGUGCGCAUGCAGUUCAUCCCAUCCCAUGCGUGCAGGUGGAGGGCGAUAUACGAUCUCGCCGAGAUGUCAAUCGCCCCGGAGAUUCGCGUUGGGUUCUGCCAUGGCUCCAUGAGAAGAGUAUUAACAAGAACAUGACCGUCCUAGACAGGAUAUCGGACAUUGCCAAGCGCAAGGAUGUCACUAGUACCGCGCAGCUGGCGCUGGCCUGGAUAUUCGCACAGGGUGAUGAUAUUUUAACCAUUCCAGGAACCACGAAGGUCGAAAGAUUGGAAGAGAACCUAGGAAGCGUAUCGAUCCACGUGUCAGCAGAUGAGGAACGCUCGCUCGGGAAUUAG